AUGUAUAGCACAACCACUGUCAGCGACCCAGCACUUCCGCUCGUGCUCGAAGGCCGCGAUGGCGACGGUGGCGGUGGCGGUGGUAAGUUCCGCGGCGCGGGUGACGCCAGCAGCGCCGCCGCCGCCGCCGCCGCCGCCGCCUUCAGAGCUUACUCGUCGGAGGCGCGCGCGGCGCGGCCGCAGUCCGGUGAGAUCACUGUCAGAGGCCGCACACGUGUAGAAGGCAGUUCUCCUCCGACGCCGGACCCACCGCACCAUGCUGCUGCUCCUACCCGCGGUGGCCUCCACGCUCCUGCUCGCGCUGGCGCCCGCCGGCACGCACGUCCACUUCCUGAUCAUUAUCCAAAACCACAGGGCUGGGGUUUACCUCGAGGCUUGGUGUAA